AUGAACAAUCCAAUUCAUACCAACCCAUGCUCUAACUGGAUUACAGAAGAUGACUUGAUGAUUUACGACCCCAAACCGCAUUCCAUGUACAACAUCAAAAGGUUCGUUUACUAUCUUUCCUCUUCAUGCACCUACCUUCCCCCUCCGAAUGAUGAUCAAAACGACACCUCAGGGAUUCCUCAUGCUUAA